AUGUCUGUCGCCAUCCAAGACACCGAUAGCAACACGUUGGCCCUGUUGGGCAAAAAGCAAGUCCUCAAGCGACGAUUCGGCUUCUGGUCCCUGUUUGGAUUCGCCGUGUGUGAAUUGAUCACCUGGGAAACUGUUCUGGCCUUGUUCAGCCAGGGCUUCGACAAUGGCGGUCCGGCAGGCUUGGUAUAUGGCUUCAUCAUAGCCUGGUCGUCCACUUUCUCCGUGUACUCGGUCAUCUCGGAGCUGGCGUCUAUGGCUCCUAUCGCCGGAGGCCAGUACUACUGGGUCUACAUGCUUGCUCCACAGCGAUACAAAGUGUUCUGCAGCUACAUCAUUGGUUGGCUCACAACUCUUGCAUGGGUAGCGACUGUUGCAACCGAAACCAUCUUCGCCGGGUCCAUGCUUCAGGGUCUCAUCAUUAUGGAUCACCCCGACUACGACGCAAAGGCAUGGCAGGGGACGCUGUUUGCCUGGCUGGUGAUUGCGGUGGCUAUCUUCAUCAACAUUGUCAUCCCGGGCAUGCUUCCCAAAUUCGAGAUCUUCAUCAUCGUCCUCCACAUUGCUGGGUUCAUCACGAUUCUGACACUCCUUUGGGUCUAUGCUCCCCACAAUUCGGCCUCGUUCGUCUUCACCACCUCUCUUAACGAGGGCGGCUGGCCGACUCAAGGCUUGUCUUACUGCGUCGGCUUCCUUGGCAAUGUCGCCACGUUCGUCGGCGCAGAUGCUUCUGUCCAUAUGGCCGAAGAAGUGGCGCACGCCGCUAAGAACAUCCCACGCGCCAUCUGUGGCAGCAUGAUCAUCAACGGCAUAGUAGGCUUCGCCAUGAUGUUGACCGUGCUAUUCUGCCUCGGCGACGUCGACACCGUGCUGGACUCGGCCACUGGAUAUCCGUUUAUGCAGGUCUUCUACGAUAGCGUCCAAUCUGUUGCAGGUGCCACAGUGAUGGCUGCCCUCGUGCUCGUACUGACAUGGGCUUGCGCCACGGGCAUCAUCACGACCGCCAGCCGGAUGGCGUGGUCCUUCGCACGCGACCGCGGCACGCCUUUCGGCAAAACCAUCAGCUAUGUUUCGCCGCGGCGCAAGAUUCCCAUCGUCGGGGUCUUCGUCGUCACCGGUCUGGCUGCGCUUCUCACCCUGAUCUACAUCGGCUCACCCACCGCCUUCAACGACGUCAUAUCCCUCACCAUCACGGGCUUCUACUGCUCGUAUUUCCUGCCCGCAGCUUUCCUGCUCUACCAUCGAAUCAAGGGCCACGUGCUCCCCCACCAGCAGGACACCCCCGGAAUCCCGAUCGGCGACGACACUGUCGACGCCGCCUCCGGGCCGUUCGAGAAAAGCGACGUGCCCAAGGACGAUCCGGGCGCCAAGUCGACAUCGCUCGCGGACAGGGACGUGGAGCUUCCCGCGAUAGAGCCUCCCCUGGAACAGAGCCGCCACCACUCGGUGGUGCAGGCCCAACUGAUUUGGGGCCCAUGGCAUAUCCCGGGGAUUUUCGGCAUCAUCAACAACGCCUAUGCCUGCGUGUACAUGAUCUUUGUGAUUUUCUGGAGCGUGUGGCCACCUUCGACGCCCGUGGACUACCAGACCAUGAACUAUUCCAUCGUCGUGACUGGAGGAGUGGUCAUCUUCAGCAUCAUCUGGUACUUUGUUCGUGGGCGGAAGGAGUACAAAGGACCGUUGAUCGAUGACGAGGUCGCCGCCGUGUUGAGGCUGGGUAGCGUUGUUCAUGUCUGA